AUGGCUGUUUUUCUUUUCAGUUUGAUUUUCUUGGCCAUGAGUGCAUUAUCAAGCCUCGUUUCUCUCUUAAUCUUUCCUGCUGCUCACCUUCUUGUAUUAAUUAUCCAAGGAUUCAGUUUACCUGGCCAAGCUGUCCAAGCAGCAUUACAAUUAAUUGCGGAUGCUAUCAGGGCAUGCUUUGAGUAUAUCUUGGAGUAUGUUCUUGAAAUGAUAAGUUCUUCAAUCUCUGCUGCUUUUGAUCUUGUAAUGGAAGCUAUUACAGGUUCUGCUACUUUCACCGGAUCAGCUAUUGGAGGUUUAGUGGAAAAGACAAGAGAUUAUCUUGAUGGGUUAUUAGAAGAUAAUUCAUUAUCUCAGCUUGCUGAGGAUUUUACAGAGAUGAUUUCGACUAUAAUGACAGAUUUAUGGAACAAUUACAAGGAUGCAGCGGGAUAUAGUAAUUCAAAGAAGGUAUCCACCACGCGUCGCCAUAGCCUGCUGAGGUUUAUUGGACUGAAACCUAGGUGGGCUUCAAUCCAAGGCCAUCCUCUUCUGGCCUUGGUUCCAGGCCCAGCUGCAAAUGAUCGUGUCACUGCUGCUGGUUCUGGCAAUCAAGAGACAUUAACGUGGCAAAAGCCAUCUGAUGGAUGGAUUAAACUUAACUCAGAUGAGGCUCUUACUGAAAGUGGCUGUGGUCUGGGUGUGAUUUUUCAAGACUAUCAGGAUCAGGAUCUAGCAAGAGCUCGCAACUUUACAGGAUCUCUUGAUAUAACAUCGUCCUGCACCCGCCCCCCUCAAUCAGUCGCGGUACCCAAUUCCCAAAGGCCAUAUGGCCCAUAUGCAUUCGCACUGGAGGGUAAUAUUCGUCAAUAUAAAAAGGUUGCUGUGAAGAAAAUGAAGAGAAAAUUCUAUUUCUGGGAAGAAUGCAUGAACUUGCGAGAAGUAAAGGCUCUUCGUAAAUUGAAUCAUCCCAAUAUUGUAAAGUUGAAAGAAGUUGUCAGGGAAAACAAUGAGCUAUUUUUCAUUUUUGAAUACAUGGAAUAUAAUCUGUACCAAAUAAUGAGAGACUGGGAGAGACCAUUUUCUGAGGAAGAGAUACGUAACUUUAUGUCUCAGAUGCUUCAAGGACUUGCUCACAUGCAUGGAAAUGGAUAUUUUCAUCGAGACUUGAAACCUGAGAAUUUGCUUGUGACAAAUGAUGUUCUUAAAAUUGCUGACUUUGGACUGGCUAGAGAAGUUACGUCUGCGCCUCCUUACACUGAAUAUGUUUCCACACGGUGGUAUCGAGCUCCAGAAGUUUUGUUGCAGUCCUCAGCAUACACUCCUGCAAUUGAUAUGUGGGCCGUUGGUGCAAUACUAGCUGAGCUUUUCACUCAGUCCCCUAUUUUCCCUGGUGAAAGUGAAAUAGAUCAAUUCUACAAGAUAUGCUGUGUCCUUGGUACUCCAGAGUGGACUGCAUUCCCUAAAGCUACAAAUAUCUCUCGACUGAUGAAUGCUAGUUAUGCAGAGAUUUUGCCUGCCAACCUAUCUGAUAUCAUUCCCAAUGCUAGCUUGGAAGCUACUGAUUUGAUUAUGCAAUUGUGUUCAUGGGACCCAUUGAAGAGGCCAACUGCUGAUCAGUCACUGCAACAUCCAUUUUUCCAUGUGGGUAUGUGGGUUCCUUAUCCACUCCGAGAUCCACUUGAACUGAAGCUAAAUAACAAGGGACCAAAGCCAAAUCUUGAGUUAAAUCUGUGGGAUUUUGGUGCCGAACCUGAUGACUGUUUUCUUGGCUUGACACUCGCAGUGAAGCCCAGUGUUUCAAACUUGGUAAUUAGCAAGGCUCAUGCAGCCUACUUGCCCCAGCUUCUUGGUGUCAGGAAUACACGCUCGUCAGUCUUUUCAAAUCAUGCACAUGUCAAGUUGAAAGAUAAAUCUGAGACAAGGGUCUUUGAUGGGAAGGGUAUUGUUAUGUGUAGGAUUAAGCGGUCGAGUAUGGCAAACCAAGACUUAUUUCAUGCAGAGGCAGUCCGAAAUGUUUCUCAAGGAAUGCGGGAGGAUAUUGUGUUUUGCUCUGAUUUUAAAGGUCAUCAAGAACAGUCAGUUUUUUGGUCGCUAUUAUCUCCUGAUCAAAAUGGAAUCCAUCCGCCAGUUGAAUCAUCACUAUCAUUAUCAUUCAGUUCAAUUCAGCAUCAAUCGGUUGGAGUUCCACAAUCAUCUGGAUUCAAAAUUACAUCACUACAGCCUAACUUUUUAGAUUGUCCAUUGUUGGCCAUGUCCUCCCCACUUCAGCAAAGCCAUUACCUCUGA